AAGGUGAAGAUAUCAUAACUGCAGUGAAAGGUAUUUGUGGUACAUCAGUGGUUAAUAUUGAACCAAAUAGAAGUUUUGAGAAGAAAAAAAAACCAACAUUACCUGGAAUAUCAAAUUGGUAUGAAUUUUGGUGGCCAGUUGAAGAAAAACCUACUCCAACAUUAUCUGAUCACACCAUUCCAAAUUCUAAAUGGAUAAUUCCAAUGCCAAGCAGUAAUACUUCAAAUCUUAGUCAGUGGUCUAUUGAUAAAAUUAAAAAAGAAAUGACAAAAUACAGUAUAGAAGUUGAUAAUGAUAAUAAGGCAAAAUUAUCAAUCCCACAAGAGAAUGAGCCUAUAAAUGAUUUCAGCAAGGAGAAGAGUAUAAAAAAACGUAAAAAAAUAUUAGAUCAUAAUGAUGUAGAAAAAAAUGAUGAUGUGAUCCAAGUUGAUUAUUUUGUGAUAGGAUGGGCAUUGAAAGAAAACCAAGUGUAUGGUAAAAAGGGAAAUAAAAAACAAAUUGGUGACAAAGUCAAAGAAUAUUUACAAAUAUAUUUUCUUUCUGGAAAUAUGGAUAAAAGUCAACGAUUUUCUGCAAAAGAUAUGUUGCAAGGAUUGGAAGAGCAAGUAGAAUCUGGUGAACUUACUUCUGAAGAGUUGCCAACAAUCAGAACAAUUGAAGGAUGGAUAAGUCGUUUUGCUGCUUCUCAUAAAAAAUCAAUGGCACAGAAACUUUUAGAAGAGUGUCAAAAUAAAAAUAAAUGA